AUGCCACCCGCCAGCUCCUCGUUCAUGCCAUUGAACAUUGCCCACGACGUCGUUCCACAAUGUAUGGACUCAUUCACCAUUGCCGCGCCGCCAAACACCGAUCUGUGGAGAAAGCCACCCUCACGAGACACAUCGACUGCCCCGAUCCUCUACACGGCGCUGCGCGACCCGUUCCGAUCCGCCGAAGUGACAGUGUCAGCAGAUUGGAAAAUCGAAUGGGAUCAGGGUGGGCUCGUCAUCUUUGCCGGCUCACCGCCAGGAAGAAUGACCACGCCCGCGCCCGACCUGGAACCCCCGAGCGUUAUCUCGCUUUCCCUAGACGAAGAUAGCGACGACCCGUCGAAUUCGCAAACACAAUCUCGAGGACGAAGCAGCCCCCCGCCGCCAUACUUCCAGCCCGUGCCCCCAGCCAAAUGGGUCAAGGUCGGCCUCGAAUUCUCCAACAACACAUGCCACGCGACCUCCGUCGUAGCUACAAGCGAAGGCGCAGACUGGGCCCUUUCUCCGCUUUCCUCACAUCACGCGAACCGCUCAGAUCUGCGCGUCAAACUUGAACGCAUCGGAUGCGCGCUGUGGCUUUGGUACGAGGACGGAGCUCAUGGAUGGAAGAAGCUGCGCGAAAUCACUUGGUUCUUCUGGGGCGUUGAGGACAAGGCCGUGCGCGUGGGCGUGUAUGCGAGUCGGCCGGCGAAUUUUGGGUUCAGUACGUAUGAUCAGAGGAAUGGCGGAAACGCGUUUGGGAACAGGAACCUAUGCGUAGGUUUUGAAGGUUUAGAGAUUUUCUGA